GGGCGAGCAUUUUGCGCCUGCUUGGUCGAGCCCGCUCGGGCAGCGUUGGGUGGGCCUUCGCGAACGCGCGUGUACGGUUCUUGUCGGGAAGGUUCCGGAGCUUGGGCGCGUUCCCGGCGUUAGCGAGGCGCGUUCGUCUUCGGUCGCUUCGUCUCGCCUGUCACUCCCCCUCCUCCCGGGUCUAGUGAGCGAGACUUUCCAGCGAGCUCUCCCUGCAGCAGCGUUAGCAGCCGCAGCACCAGGUAAUCUUUGUGACAGGAUGGCUGAUCAACAUCAGGACUUCAGUAUGACAGAUGAUCAUUUGGUGAGCCAAGCUAGGUGGAAUCAGACGGGCUCUCCCCUCCAUAUACCAGUUGAUGAUGGAUCUGAUGAACCAGGGUCUGAAGCUUCUGAUGCUAAGAGUACCCCAACUGUGGAAGAUAUUACCGCUCCAUUAGUAGAGGACAGAGCGUACGAGGAUCGAACUUCAGCUCGUCAGCAUGCAGAGAUGCUUGAAGGAACCACAGCUGAGGAAGCAGGCAUAGUUUGUACUCCUAACCAUGAAGACCGUGCUUCGGGGGAUGCUCAAGCUCACAUUGACAACAGAGAGAAAAAUGAAAUGGGGAUUGAAGAGCCAAAACCAAAGACAUCUAUAUCUUCCUUUGUCAAAGUCCCGCAAAGUAGAUCUUCUAUUACCCCCAAACACAACUCCUCUAUUAGCUUUAUCCCUUUGAAAAAAAAACCCAAUCCUCCUGAGUCCUCAGUAUCAGCAUCCACCCCUAAAUGCAUCUCUUCUAUCGCAUCCCGAUCAACCAGUACAGGAAUAAAAGGAAAAAAAAGCAAGGGUCCGGAUAUGAAAAGUGCAUCGAAGAUAGCCACUCCACGCUCUGCUGUGGCACAGAGUCAGAAGAGCCCCUCCAGUGCAUCUCGGAUCCCUUCGAAAACUCCCACCAUUCCUAAGACACCUCCCAGCCUCACUGCUAAGAAGGAGCAGAGAAGGCCCCCUAACACAGCAGCAAAAUCUGAGAGAGGUGAGCCAACCAAGUCUGGAGAUAGAAGUGGGUACAGCAGUCCUGGAUCUCCAGGAACCCCUGGCAGUCGCUCCCGCACACCGUCCUUGCCAACUCCACCAAACAGGGAGCCCAAGAAGGUUGCAGUGGUUCGUACACCACCAAAAUCCCCUUCUUCUGCCAAGAGCCGCUUGCAGACAGCUCCCAUCCCCAUGCCAGACCUGAAGAAUGUCAAGUCCAAAAUUGGUUCCACUGACAACCUGAAGCAUCAACCUGGGGGUGGAAAGGUGCAGGUGGUUAAUAAGAAGCUGGACUUUAGCCAUGUCCAUUCCAGGUGUGGAUCAAAGGAUAAUAUCAAACAUACCCCAGGAGGAGGCAGUGUGCAAAUUGUUUACAAGCCAGUGGAUCUUAGCCAUGUAACGUCCAAAUGUGGCUCUCUGGAUAACAUUCAUCACAAACCAGGUGGUGGACAGGUAGAGGUGAAAUCUGAGAAACUGGACUUCAAAGAUAAAGUGCAAUCAAAAAUUGGGUCAUUAGAUAACAUCACCCAUAUCCCUGGAGGAGGAAAUAAGAAGAUUGAGAGCCACAAGCUGACCUUUCGUGAGAACGCCAAAGCCAAGACUGAUCACGGAGCUGAAAUUGUCUACAAAUCACCCACUGUUUCUGGAGAUGCUUCUCCACGUCGCCUUAGCAAUGUCUCUUCGACUGGAAGCAUCAACAUGGUGGACUCCCCUCAGCUGGCCACAUUGGCCGAUGAAGUGUCUGCUUCCUUGGCCAAACAAGGCUUGUGAUUGUGUUGAAGUGGGUGGAGAUAAUAAGAAGAGAAAAAUUCACUCUGGCCUUUCUUUCUGUUCUUUUUUUUCAUCUACGCCCCUCAUCAUUCCUAUUUAUUUUAAAUUAAUGUCAACUCUUUUAAUCUGCUCCCUUUACCUCCUCCAGUUAUUCAUUCACCUCUGGUCUCAGGAUUUCAUAAUUAUUAACAACUUGGAAGCAAAGAUUUCCAUCCUAUAUUGAAGAAGCUAUUUUAAAAGUCUCCCACAUCAUUUCACCCCUUGACCCCAAACAAAAAGAAAUGUAAUUGAUUGCCAGAUAAACUUGUGAUGUUUCAAAUCUCAGUCUUGGGAAUGUAGGGCGGUAUCUUCUGCUGUACAUGCUCAUUACUUGGUGAAGUUUUUUUCCAAUGAAAUUUAUGACAUAGAAGCCUCUUGACAACCUUCUUAAAGAAUCAUUGCUGCUGAUUAAUGCAGGUCUAGAGCAGAUUUCCACCGUACAAGCAGGCCUCUUACUUCAAAUGUCUCCCUCUGCUGGAGUUGGAAAGCUGGGCUUUAGUAUUUCACCUUUGAAGGAAGAAUUUUGACAUAGGAAAGAGAACACAUUGCAUGUGCACCGGGUUCUUUUUUGUAGUGAGAAUUUUUGUGAACCAUGUUUAAGUCCAACAUAUAACUGCAUGCACUGGAUAAUUAAGACAUAAGCCAAAACUGCCUUGAGAGACUGCAGAAUGCCAGUUCUCUUUAUUCUAAUUGAAAUGGUGUAUUUUAAAAGGCAGGAUGAUACCUUAUCUACUUUCUGUUCAUGCCUAAAAUUAAUCAUUUGAAUUUAGGUUAUAUAGUCAUACCUAUUAAAAUAAUUGGACUUAAAUUGGUUCCUUAAAUCCCAGGUUCUUUUAAUGGAUAAGUUAGCAUCCUUUUUCCUCUUACUUUUUCAAACAGUAACUAUUGCCUCUCUCUUCCUCCUUCCUCAGCUUUAACCUCCAUAAUGUUGGGUAGCCUCUCACACCAUAAAAAGGGCUGAUAACACACAUUUGAAUUUGUCCAGAGUUGCUGAGGAAGUAGCAGAUUUGCCCUUGUGUUCAGCCCAGUAGGCCUGGUUGUUCCAAUGUUUUUUGUAAAUGUAGAAAUUUGUGAGGUAGAGAUGUGGCUCUAGGCAUAUUUAAAAUUUAAGGAAUUUCUGAUGUUUUUAUGGUGCAUGCAGGUGUUUUUAGGAAGGACAAUUGCGUGAAAGGACAUCAGUUCAGCCAAUGUGGGAACAUGUAUAUCUUGACCUGUAUCUCAUGCAUUUUUAGAGUACAUGUUUAUGUAAUACUUGUGUAUUUGAAAGAAGCAUCACAGAUCAAAAAUCAUAGCCAGAAGCAAGUAUGCUCCUUUCAAUAAUUACUAUUCAUUCAGUUACAAAUCAUUGUACAUUCAUUAUUCAGGAGACUCUUUAGCACCCCAGAUUUUGCAGAGCUAGAGUUUGCAGUAGACCCACCACCAUGCCAAGUGUUAGGGAUGCUGGGAGUUGUUAUUCAACAAUAGCAGUACACUUGUAGUAGGAACUAGCUGUAAGAGUGAGGCAUGCACGUCUACUAUUAAGCUCAUCUACUGCAAUGCGACCAGCAGCUACUUCUAAAAAAAACAAAAACCUUUGAUUCCUGUUAAGAUCUGUGGGCUUUAAUUGAGCCACUGUGAAGGCGGCUAAUUUUCAUAGGGCAAGUCCCAUGAAAGCACUGGUUUAACAAACUAUCGUGCUUUUUCCCACCUGCUGCUGUUGGGAGAAAUUCAUCUGUGGUAAGGGGGGAUGGUUCUUGAUGUUCUACCAAAUAUUGCUGGAUUGUAACUCCCAUUAUCCUGCCUUACCUGUCAUGGUGGCUAUGAGUAAAUUUGGAGUCUGACAAUGAAUAGAGGCUGCCAAUUUGCUCCAGUAAGGGCUCUGUAAAUGAAAGGGCUCUUCUCCUUUGCCCUCCGUUUUUUGAUUUCAAAACAAGACAUACUCCUCCAAACAUGCAUGUUACAUAAAUCUAACUGCAGAGGGCAGCAAAUUGGAUUAAGUAGAAAUUGUGAAUAACUGGUUUGUCCUUUUCUGUCAGAUGUAGUUUCAGGUGCUUGAAAGCAUCUGAAAAUUGCUAGGAGAGGUUUUUAAGAUGAUUUGAUCAAAAUUUUAAAAACACAAAAAUAGGGAGUCUCUGUAGGCUGAGUGCAACAAGGAAGACUGUUGGGUCAAUUAUACUGAGGUGCUUUAAGUGCACGUAAGAACAUCUAGCUGAGUUCUCAGAUACUUCAUUCUUUCCACAGUAACUGAAGCUUGCAGAAUGUACAAUCAUGGUGGGCCUCUCUUUCAUCGCUGUUUCUUGGGUGCUUAUACCCACAGAGCAAUGGUAGGAAAUUUGGGCAAUCAUCCCUUUCCAAUCUAUUUCAUGGCACCCAUUUGGACUCUCGUGUAAAAUCCCAGCUUCACACCCUUUCUAGGAUUGUUGGGCACCUCUUCCUACGUCAUGAGUGUAAUGGUUGAGCCAACAGUCACAGAGAUUGGUUUGAGUUCUCAGCAUGUACUAGUUUGAUGCUUCAUGUGACCAAAGGUAAUCAUGCUAAACUCAAAGCGUGGUCUGCAUGUGGCUGAUCAGCAGCAAAAACUGACAAUGGUCAAAGCUGAAAGGUGCUCGGCUUUAAGAAAACUGGUUUGCUCUGGAAGCAAUCCAUUUUUUAACCUGAUUUCAAGUCUAAUUUUUAACUUACCAAAAUCAGGACACCUUAGCAACAGGUUGGGCAUCCAUGGUAAACAUUUUGUUUCAAAGCCAAUUGAAAGAAGGCCCAGCUAGUGCUGUAUCAUUUGCUUUAUGUUAUUCAACACCGGUCAGAGUCUGGGGAAAGGGGUAGAGCGGCAGCAGUGGGUUGAACAAAUCACACAAGUUGACAAUUGACUUUAUCAGUGGCAUUACCCUUUUGAUAUUCUGUAAAGCAGGAUGUUCAUCUGUAGCACCAUGAUAACAGCAUCCCUCUUUUUUAGUAAUGAGACUGAUUAAAGGUCGAGGGGAAAUCACUUGCUCAGUCAGCUCACGAGGGCUGGAGUUGCAGUUGCCUGUUGUUUUUUAUAUGCAAAUCAACCAUCUGAAUCAGGUGAAGCAAGUUUUGCCAAGCAGAACUGAUCAAGGGAUCAGAAGAGGAGAGUGGCUGGACAGAAAGUAAUGGAUAGCUUCUAGAACCGAGUAGAUCUUUUACUCUGAGCUCAAGUGGAAGAUUUUGCAGAGAAGUCAUCUGCAUAGGACAUCAGUCACCUUUCAGUCAUUUAUAAGCCUGUUGUUACCUCUGUAGUUAAGUUAGGAUGGUAGGUUUAUUCUUUUUUAAAUCUAAAAACGAUCAUAUAGGAAAAUCCUUUCACUGAGAAGCUAUAUGCUACACCAUUGUGAUUUCUUUUUGCUUGCAUUUGAGGACUUUGGGCUGGAAAAUCUUGCAAUACCCUUACCAGCUGCUAUAGUAGCAUAUGCCUAAAAAAAAACCCCUCCAAAAUGACAACCCUUUUUCUUCAGCACUGAACAGUAAAGAGUAAUCAUACUGUUAUUUCUAGAGAAAGCAUUGGUCCCAAAGUCCUUUUUCAGAAAAUUAUGCCUGGUCUCCAUUCACCUUUUUUUUCCUUCAGUGCUUAAUCCUCCUCUUUCUCAAGCACUGCACACACAUUUAAGUUUUCUGAAUUCUUUUCCCUACUCUCUUUUAGCUAUCCCCUUUGAUCAUAGGUCCCAAUUCCCGACCAGAUCUUGUCUUUUGUCUCCUUCUAGGAUUCAGAGACAUUUUUUUCCCCAGAUGGCAAGGACCCACGGCGGUUCCAGACCAAAGCCAUCUUAGACUGACUGGCUUAUGUCUUGUCUUGGUAUAUAAAUAUACAUAUCUAGGGUUUGAAAGUGUUAAAACAUGACAGAUUGGUUUUGAAGUUAAAAGGACAAAAAUGGGGCUUUAUUACAUAAAUUUGCAAGUAUAAAAAAGGGACAAUGGAGUUUGGAAGACCCCAUAAUUCCCUUUUAAAAGUUUUUCAGGUGUGGGGAAACAGGGAGGGGGUGGGAAGGGCAUGACAUCUCCGUAUGGUCAUCCUAGCUUAGCUACCUGUCUGUGACUGUCCAUGUUGUAUUUGUGUGUUUUAACAACUGGUUUACACUGACUGUUGCUGUAAAAGUGGAUUUGGAAAUAAAAAGUCAUUACUACAAUAUUAAA